AUAUACACAAAGAAUAAUUAGUCAGAAACUUGUUUAUCUGUAUAUGCUUCAAUAGUCAAAUCCUUAAUUGCCUAUUGGCUAUUGUAUAUUCACUAUAUUCUUAAUAUAUAUGCAUAUAUAACAAUACAAAAAUUCCAAACUUUCAUCCUCAUCAACAAAAUCUCAAAGAAACAUUCUUUGCAUAGUUUGCAUAGUUUAGAUUCAGCUUUUGUCGUUUCGAUUCGUUUUUUAUUGAUUGAAAGAUGGGAGGGUGUUUUUCUUCAAGAUCACCUUCAGCAUCAAAGAAAAUUCUUUUGGUUCAUCUAAGUGGCUAUGUAGAGGAUUUCGAGCAACCGAUUUCGGUUAACCAAGUAAUCACUACUAGAAAUCCACCAACUCAUUUUGUUUGUACCUCUCUUCAACUUCUUUCUUCUUGUUCUAAACCAUUGAAAGGAGAUACACAACUUCAACCAGGAAAUGUGUAUUUCAUGUUGCCUUACUCAAUUCUACAAGCUGAUGUUUCGCCCGUGGACUUGGCUUCGCUCGUGAAAAGGCUCACCGCGAAGGCGAAGAGUAAUAAGUAUGAAGGUAAAAAGUCAUUGAAAGGUAUUCCUUUGUCAAACCAAGAUGGUUUGAGUAGUAUUUGGAGUUCACCAUCAAUGAGCCCCGGGAGAGUAGCGGGGGCUGAGCAAUUCGGUAUGGCAUAUGGAGGGCGGAGCACGUGUAGAGGGCGGUUAUGGAGACCGCUGCUGGAUACUAUUAGAGAGAAGUCAUUCAAUAGGAGUAGUGAAUCAGAUUUGAAAGAAAAUCAAUGAAGUUUGCUUAAUGUUCUUGGAUUGAGGUAAUACAAGAGAGAAAGAAGGCAUGUUAGGAUAUUUGGUUUUUUUUAAGGGAUAAAUAUGUUUGGAGUCCUCUAAAAUUACCAACAAUUAUUUUUAGUCUUUAUAAAAAAAAUUGACUUUUAGUCUUUCUAUAGCAAUUAAAAGUGUGUGCAAAAGUAAUUUUAUAGGAACUAAAAAUCUAAUUCUUUUAUAAAGACCAAAAAUCAAAAUUGUG